AUGGGCCGCAUCGACCACCGCCCCCUCUCUGUCCUCCCCACUGCCCACUCCCUCUUCACCUCCGGCCGCGCCAAAUCGCUCCCCCCCUGGUUCGCCAUCGCGUCCGCCUUCCCCCCGUCCCAAGCGCUCGUUCGCCCGCAGAAGCGCUCGGGCAAGAAAAGCAAGAUGUUCAUGCCGCUGCCCAUCGCCUACCGGGAGGACAAGAUGCGGGAAGAGUUCUUUGGGGAUCAUCCGUGGGAGCUGGCGAGGCCGAGGGUUGUAUUGGAGGGGGAUGGGCGGAAUGAGGGGUGGGACUGGAGUACGGGGGUGGUACAGGCGGGACGACCGACGGAUGGGGAGAGCGUCAUCCAGCGUUGGCUCUACCUCCACCGCGGGCCCCCCAAACUCCCCAAAUAUCAAGCCUAUGACAUCGCGCGCAAGGAGUUCUACCGCGUGCGCCACGACGAAGACAUCGAGCGGCGGGUCGCACACGAGGAGGCGCUGCACACGGGCGCGUACUUCGGGCUGGGUCCGCUGGAGGUGGGCGAGAUCCUCGAGGAUACCGCGUAUACCGGGUGGAAGUACUGGGCCGAGCAGCAGAUUGCCCGGCUGGAUCGGGCGGUGCAGAAUAGUUAUAGUGCGGUGCCGGAUGAGGUGGAGGGAGAAGGGGUGGAGGGAGAGGGGAGUGUUGCGGAGGAAGGGGAGGGGAAGGAGAAGGCGAUGUAGAAUGGUUAUGAAGAGAGUUUUGUUACGUUGGGCAUGCAAAAGUUGGAGGCACUGUACGAUCAUAUAGACUUGUGUACCUAUCAUUUUGGUCCAAGGAGCGAACCGGGUAUCAUCCCGCUAAAGCCUCUCGGAGGCGUGUACAUCAUCAAAGGAGAGUGGCUGUACAAAUGAGCAGCAUCAUUAGAGAUCAGAGAGCAGAAACUCCGAAUCCCGCUUCGUUAUCCGUUC